AUGUCCAUGCCGUCAAAAAAGGUCGUCGUAGGAGCCGCCGUAGCCGCAGUAGUGGUCGCUGCGUGGGUUGCGCUUCUCGUCGCUUCUAAGGACCGCUGGACCGCGGCGCUCAAGGACGCCUCGGACAGCGUGCUCGCUGCAAAGGAAACCGCGCCGCUCGAAGUUGCAGCGAGCUUGGCUGCGGCCAUCACGCUAGGCAUCGUAGUGCUCGUGCCAACGACGCCGGUUGAGCUUCUGGCUGCCGGGGUAUACGGCAUUCGCUUCGGUUUCUGCAUCGUGCUCGGCGGGCUCGCCUCGUACCUGCUCGGCCGCACGGUGCUGCGGAGGUGGGGCUCGCGCGUGACGAGUCGGCACAAGCUGCUGCGCGCCCUCGCGCUCGCGGUGGCGAGGGAGCCGUGGCGCAUCUGCCUGCUGGCGCGCGCGGCGGCGGUGCCGGUCCCGCUCAAGAAUUACGGCUUCGCGGCUCUGGACGCGCCCAUGCUGCCGUACGCCGCGUCGCUGAUGCUGGUGGAGGUGUACAACGUGCUCGAGCUCGUCCUGAUCGGCGUGAGCAUCACCUCGGCGGGCAGCGCCGCGGUCUCCUCCAGCGACGGCUCGCUUUUCCUCGCCGGCGGAGUCCGGAGUGGCGAGUAA